AUGAAGCAGUGGAUGGCCGUUUCAUCCAUUGUACUACUUGAAGCCCCUUACAAGUGUUCCGUAACCAUGUUCAGUGCCAAGCCUCAGCGACAGUACUCAAGCCAGGUCCACACCGAUCGACGGACUAUUGACAGAGAUGAGAACGGCGAACUAGUCGUGAAAAUCGAAAAAAAAAUUGCAUCGGCUCGUUCCGGACGUUCCACAAUGUCAUCAAAUUCGCUGUCGCCCAGUCCUCGACGUGAAUCCAAUGGACUUGUUUCCUACCUAGUUCAGAAUCCAUUGUAUCGAGAUUAA